AUGGGGUCGAGCAGCGCGAGAGCCGGGAUCCCCUUCCCCGGCGCCGGCAGCACCAGCAGCGUCAGUGGCUCCGCGCGCGCUUCCUCUAUACCUCGUUCCGUCGUCGACUCAGUCUCUGAGUCUGGCGAAGUUGCUGAGCACCGCGAUAUGGAAAUUGACGCCGAGCCAACAGCCAAGUGCACAACUCCAAGCGGCGACCUUGAGCCUUCAACCAGUCUCCCUAGCAUUAAGAAUCUCUUUGGCAUUGAGCGGGCAGAACCACUUGCAUCAUUGCGACGGUUCGACGGUGCCUCCGAUGACGGCCACGGCACCGCAACACCUAGCUCGCCCACCAACUUGCAGCAGGGCAGCUCCUCACAAGCCAUGGAACAUCGCGGCCUCCGUGGUCAUGCCAGCACCAGCAGCUUCUCAGAGUUCCAGUCUGGUCUUUCUCACAGCUCGAGCUCCUCUUCUCUUGGGCCCAUCCGAACCCGCCAUUCCUCCAACGCAUCAAGCUCGUAUGGUCGCAGCGGACCAAUGGUACCCAGCACACCUCCACGACACCCAGGCUUUUCGAACCAUUCCUUCAGCCCUGAUGACGCAGGACCUCGAAGACGAGUUGACUCGCAAUCGAGAUCUCGUCAGGCACAAGCUCUCAAGGGCCUCAUCCUCUCACCACCAUCGCGCAGGCUCCCGCUGGAUGGAGACUGCCUCGCAUCCGAUAUGGCGUCAGCAUCGCAACGGCGAAGUGGGCAUCGUCCCACGUCUUCCUCAUCGGGUUCGCUGUCGACGCUUUUCUCGCAUCUUUCUUCAGCCUCUGACCCUGCACCGAUGCUUCCGCCUGGCUACGUUCCUUCAACACACACGUCGGAGGAGAGUGUCCCGCAUGAAGGCUGGGGUGCUUCUAGCGCUCAAUCUGAGAACACAAGCCCGCGAACAAGCUGGCGCAGCCGAUCCUCUACGCUCGAAUCAGGCGAAGCAGCACACAAAAUGAUGGGCAGCGACCGACCUUCCGGCUCGCUCUUGCCACCUUUCCGUGAAGUGCAUCACCCACCAGGCGAGCCUUCUCGUUUCUCACCAGAGCAGCACUUCUCGAAUCUCUCACGCCACCGAUCCCUGCGCACGCCAGGAGCCUCAGCCGACUUGCCUGGCUCGCAACCAUCACACCGACCUCGAGCUCGCACUCUGACUCACUCGGAUCGUCCGAUCGCACCCUUGCCGAAUUCGGAUGAUCCGGCAAGAAAGCAGCGACUGGAGGCCGCUUCUGAGCUCCUCCGCAUGGGUCAGCAGAGAAGCGAUGAUCCUCACGCCAUGGGAGGCAGUGGUCGAAUGUAUGGACACAAGCACAGCAUGUCGAUGCAAGAACGUGCUCCGCUUCCUAUGGAACUCUACGAGAAUGCCAGUGCGGUUCGAGGACACCGACCCAAGUCUUAUUCGAUGUCGAUGCAGGAACCAUACGAUCCGGAGAUGAUGCACCACGGCCCGUCAGGAAUGUCUGCGCCGGGGCUGGGUGGACCUCCAUACGAACGAGGUGGACCAUCUCCUGGCUCAGGCACGUUCGAUUCGUUCCAUCCUCGAAGAGGCCGCGGUGCUGGUGAGGAUGCGCCUCGCCCUGGUGGUGCUGGUUGGGUCUUCCCACGCCGACCGAUGCCUGCGGAUUCUGCCGAAGUGCAACGCAAUGCCUUCCAAGCGCAGAUGAUGCGUGGUCAGGGACUAGCAAGCGUGCCCGACGGUAUCAUCUCUGCACAGCAUGGAGGUGCUUUCGGGGGCGUUCGUGCCGCUCCUAGCGCUACUGGCACCAUCGCGUCGGGCCAAGCCAAGUACGAGUGUGCAUGGUGCGGCAAGCGCUUCUCGCGGCCUUCGAGUCUCAAGAUUCAUCAUCACUCUCACACGGGAGAAAAGCCUUUCGUUUGCAACGAACCGGGCUGUGGCAGAUCCUUCAGCGUUCAGUCGAACUUGAGGCGUCACCAGAAAUGUCACGCACCCGGUGGUGAUCAGUCCGAGAUGGACGCCCCUCGUCAGCAUCAGCAGCAAGGACCUGGGCCUAGUCGAGGCGAUGAGGGAUACUGGGCUCGUGGACCACAUCCGCCUGCACCUUCCUCCGGAUCAAAAAUGAGCCCGAUGGGAGUCGGCAGCGGUGGUUGGCAUCCUGGUUACGGCCCUGUUCCCGGUCCAGGGCCUAUGCAGGCACACGGACAUGGACCUGGCUACGGCAUGGGGCACCCGGCACCUGGAGGUCCAAUGCCACCGCAAAUGCAAAUGCACAUGCACAUGCACAUGAAGGACCACCCGCCUCUUUCGCGUUCAGCUUACGAGCCAGGCUCGCGCAGCAUGAACACAUGGAGCGAAAGACGCCGUGGAGAGAUGCCGCCUCCAGGCUAUCGCGAGUAUGAACGUGGCCCGCCUCCCGAACAUUACGGGAUGCAAGGAUCACCUCGUCGCUUCAUACAGAUGCGCGAGCGUCGGCUCUCGGAAUCAGAAGAGGAGGAGGAGGAAGAGGAAGAGGAUGAACUGCGGGAAGAGGAAGAGCAGGCCAGUUCUGAACGUUCUGAUUCUCGUCAGCGCAGACGAGACACCGACUCGACGACCAAGCGCUCGCCUUUGGGCGGCAGGUCAAGUGAAGACGAGGAUGAUACGACGGUCACCAUGAAGACUGGGCCGAGACCGAGAAGCGAGACGAAUGCGAGUACGACGUCAAACCUUCGCGUCGGCUUCAACUCGCUCUUGAACCCGGAUGACAGGAAGUCGGACAAUCGUCUCAAAGACGAAGCUUGA